AUGCAAUCUGUGCCCGACCCAAUAAUUGUCGAAAUUUUAAGCUAUUUGCCAAUUUCUGAGAUUAUCCGAGCUGAGUCUAUUUGCAAGAAAAUAAAAUCGUGCGUUGAAAAACACUCCUACGUACUUUAUUCUAGAGUGCUAUCAAGGUUUAGCCAAGAAUCGAUAUCUUAUAGUCAUUGGAAAAAUGUGAUAAAGCAAAUGAACAGUCCAUCUAAAGAACUUCAGUUUCUCCCUUACUAUACAAAUGGAGGCACAUAUUAUGGCAGCAAUACUUAUUAUAUUCAUAAUUUAGUGCUUGAAGGUUAUUACUGCUAUUGCACAGUAUAUCCAACUAAUAUUCUAGUAAAAUAUGCUUUACUAGGAACGGAUUAUGAUACUGAUAGAAUAAGAGCAAGGCAGUAUAUAUCUUCUGGAGUUAAUGAGGGCAAUGAUAGAAUUUAUUUCGAAAAAGAAAUAUACUAAAUUUCAUCUUUAUAAAAAUCAAAAUGGAUGGGUAAAAGUAGUAAAUUUUUUUGAUAAAAUCAAUAAGCAUAAAUGUAGUAUAGUUGCUUGUUUUUGAACAUUGCAACCUACAUGUUGAAUCUCUUCUAUAUGUGAAAAGAUGAUUCCACAUGUGAAAUCAAAAGGGCUUCCCACGUAGAAAAGAUUCCACAUGUAGGCUGCAAUGUUCAAAAACAUGCAACUACGAUAGUAUAUAAUUCAUCAUAAAGGAUUAAAAAUUAAAAUUUUUCAGUUAAGAAGAACUAAGGGAGUCACAAGAAUUUACAUCACAAGCUUCUAUUUAUGCAGUCAUAAAACAAAUUUACGCUAGAGCACCUCAAGGGGGCUACACCUGCCCAAUAUUUCACUUCAUGUGCUUUUCAUCUAUAGAAGAAGAUGCUGAUUUAGGAAUAAUUGACAGAUUCAAUGGAGUAAGCACCAUUGACAAAGCCAAAGAAAUUUCUGAUCAGCUUGGGCUAGAAUAUGAAGAAGUAUCAGCUAACUCAAUACGCCAGCUUGUCUUCAAUAAUUGCAACCUCCCUAUGCAGCCUUUAUGUUGGGCUGAAAUGAGUGAAGAUUAUAAUCAAUCCGCUUUAAACUUACCCCUAAAAUCAAAGAAAUUAGCAAGAUACUUUUAUGGGCUUUUAAUUGACGGAAGAAGAACAAAUAACUAUGACAAUAACAUUGAUAUUAGCCUUUUACUCCCUAAAGGUUCAAUUAUCCACUUUUAG